CGCCAAUCAGAAUCCUCCAUAUUCACGUUCACGACAAGCGCAAUAAGAAACCAAGGCAGCGCGAACCAUGGGCGCCGGGCCAUCCCUGGGCAAGUUCCUCAAGAGCAUGGACGACGACGAACUCGCCAAGCUCGUUGAGAAUGUCUACAAACUCGAGCCGCAACGAAUGGAAAAGAUGUUUGCGCAGGCCAAGCAGCGCUACUAUGAAGAAACCGGAGAGCAGCAGCCUCGGGAUGCCGACGUGAUAGACGCAGCCGCUGCGUUGAGCUUAUCUGCUUCACUGUUGCAGCAUUCAUUGCACUCGUCUUCUGCUCCACCACCAUUAAGUGAGAUGCUGCCGCCACCUUCGACCACAGUAGCGUCGUCUGCUCGUGAAACGAAAACAGCACCGAACACGGAAGAGAUUGUCAAUCCCAGUCCAGUUGCUGGAGAUAAAGACCAGAUGAACGCUCUUUGGACUUUUGAAGGACAUGUUCUUCGCAAGAUGCAGGAGGCUGACAAGAACCCGCAGAAUGGUGGAAUGAUGGAACUUUUGAGCAAGAAUGGCGGUGGAGCUGAUUCAUCGACUGGAGCUGGUACGCUGCGUCAGCGCGAACUUGACGCAGAUGGAUAUCCCGUCAUGUAUGGCAGCUGUGGUCGUGAUAAGCGAUACAAUCGCUGCACCGUGUGCUACUACCGUGGUCUCCGCUGCAACACCGAUCACUAUUGUGCAUGUUGCCAAAAAGCUGUAUGCAUUCGACCUCGGAUAUACCCGGGCGAAGAACACCCAAAGAUCUGCUGGAAUGUGCUACACAUGGACAAGGAGCUCGUUAAACGCGUGCAAAAGAAGAAGAAACGCAAGGCUUCUUCUUCUGCAUCAGCAUCGGGGCGAGUGACGCGUCAGAAGAGUGUCGAAUCAUUCAUAGUCCUUAGACCUACCAGCCAAAAUGCCGUAGUGCCAGACGUGAGCGGUGCUGUUGCCUUGUAAUAAUUUCUGAUGACAAAUAAUUGCAUGGUUGGCCCAAUUUUGACAGAAGACAGGCAGAACGAUGCUGAAGACAGCAUUUUUGUUUGUUUACCAGGACGGAGAGCAAAAAAGUAGUAUGCAGGCAGCUGAUGGCGCGGAGAAAACUUGAAGUAUGCUGAAGGCCACGACGUCGAAGAGUAUUGCACUUGCCAGAAGGAGAAGACGUGAAGGCCUUGCGAAUGUCAAGAUGAGAAGCUUUCAAGGGCUGCGGAUCAGUAUCGUGGAGGAGGACGGCGAGAGUUGUCCCGUGGUUGGAAGUCACGACCACGCUGUGGCGGCGGGCCUCGGUCUCGGAACGAUCGGUCUCGAUCUCCACCUGGAGGUGGGCCUCUCUCGCGAUUCCGACCGCGAUCGCGGCUGCGAUCUCUCGGACGCGGGUUCCAGCCACCUGAAUCAGCACCAGGGCCAUGCAUAGGACCAGGAGCAGGACCAGGGCCAGGGCCAGGACCAGGACCAGGACCAGCGCAGUUGCCGGCAGGGAACUGGUAGGCUUUGGAAAAGGAUAUACGCAUGUGCGAGUCCGGGUACGCCAUAUUGUCCAGUCGGAGGAGUGCCAUGAUAGCUUCAUCCAGAGAGCCCAUCUCAAUCAGCGCCAUCUUGGUGUUAUUCUGCAAGAAAUGGAAGUUCUUCACCAAGCCAUACUGCGCGAAAAGGUCGACAAGGGCGUUCUGGUUGCGCUGCAGUUCCAUCGGAAUCCCAGAAAUGUGAAGCAGCGGACAGGGCGAGACAGCCUCCUGCGGACUGCGGCGUCGGUAGCGGUGCAGCGGCGAGUUCGAAAAGUCGAGCGUAUUCUCAAUCUCGAAGCGGUCCGCAUCUGCGUGUGGCAUCGACACACUUGUGUGCUUCGAGUAAUCCACACGUAACUUCUUGCCGAAAACGUAUACGCCAUCCAAGUGAUCCAACGCCGAGGUCGACUAUCAAAGCACAACAGUUCCAGUGAGUGAUCACAACUGGGUCAGUUUGGUUACGAACAAGCGUCGAGCUUACAUGAACUUCAUCAACGAAUUGGAUCAGCGCUGUGUCCCGCUUGCGGAACAUGAUCUUGAUACGGAGAACGUCGCCAAAGCAGCCAAAGAGCGUAAAAAUGCGGUGUGGACUCUGUCAUGAAGCAAUUUUCAGCAUCGAGUAGCAAUGGAAACAACAGUGAAAGUCCAGACACUUACAAUCAGUUCGCGAUCAAUAUUGCUGCAAAUCAACGCAGGAGAAGGUCGGGUAUCACCUCGUAUGGCUCGCCCUGUCGAAUGUAGCGGUAACUGACGCCCACCACGAACAUCACGAGGUCUGUCCAUACUCGGAGGACGUUCUUCGAAUCGUGACGGUGGGUUACGAGUAUCACGCAUGUCCGGAGCAUAUUGGUCACCACGUCCAACGUUAGGAACAUUCGCAGGUCCGCGGUAGUCGAACUCAUCACGACGUGGAGACGGUUUACUGUAUCCGCUAUCUCGAGGAGCGUCUCGACGGUCAGAAGAAGUGGGGGUCACGGGCUCGGGGUCAUUGCGAUCAUCUUCUCCACGCCCUGGGCCUGGAGGGAGAUUAGGAUUCGUGUAAUCGCGCGAUCGGUCGUCGUUGUAACGCACACGAAGCUCCGGGUGACGUGAAAACACGAUGCUCAACUGGU